GCCCUGACUGAGCCGCUCACAGAGGGACUUGACUCUCCUUGCGUGAGGUAGCUCGCUCCAUCCAGGUUCAUUCUCUCUGAUUUGCUUGAGCUUGCGUGCUCUCUGUCUGCAUCUUUAAAUUUUUUCGACCUUUAUCCUCACUCUCCUCACGAAGAAGCAGCGGUCAUGAACAGUUUUCGCAAAAGCAGCAGUAUGAGCGUUAGCCGCAGCGGUGGCGGCGGCGGUGGGAAUUUCUCCGCCUUUUCCUACAGCGGUCCUGGGAGCACCCGGCAGAGCUCUGUGGUGCGGCGCGUGGGGGGCGGCGGUGGCAGCGGCUUCAGCAGCUAUGGAGCGAGCGGGCGCGUCGGCUCUUUCAGCAGCAGCUCCAGUGGUGGCCUGGGCUUCGGUGGUGGCCAUGGCUCCGGUGGUGGCCUGGGCUUCGGUGGUGGCCAUGGCUUCGGUGGUGGCCAGGGCUUCGGCGGCGGUUCUGGCUACGGCGGCAGUUCUGGCUUCGGCGGCGGGCAGGGCUACGUUGCCCCCGUCACCGCGGUGGUCGUCAACCAGCAGCUGCUCACCCCCCUCAGGCUGGAAAUUGACCCCAAUAUCCAGACCGUCCGCACGCAGGAGAAGGAGCAGAUCAAGGGUCUCAACAACCGCUUCGCCAGCUUCAUCGAUAAAGUGCGCUACCUGGAGCAGCAGAACAAGAUGCUGGAAACCAAGUGGAGCUUCCUCCAGAACGAGACCACCACCCGCUCCAACAUCGACGCCAUGUACGAGGCCUACAUCGCCAACCUGCGCAGACAGCUGGACAACCUGGGCAAUGAGAAGUUCAAGCUGGAAGGAGAGCUGAAGAACAUGCAGGGCCAGGUGGAAGACUUCAAAUGCAAGUACGAAGAUGAGAUCAACAAACGUGCUGGUGCAGAGAAUGAAUUUGUCCUAAUCAAGAAGGAUGUUGAUGGCGCUUACUUGAACAAGGUAGAGCUGGAGGCUAAGGCUGAUGCUCUUCAGGAUGAAAUCAACUUCCUCAAGUCCAUCUAUGCAGCGGAGCUGGAUGAGCUGCAGAGCCAGGUGAAGGACACCUCUGUGGUGGUGGAGAUGGACAACAGCCGCAAGCUGGACAUGGACUCCAUCGUGGCCGAAGUGCGCGGCCAGUAUGAGGACAUCAACAACCGCAGCCGCGCCGAGGCAGAGUCCUGGUACCACCAGAAGCUUGAGGAGAUGCAGUCCUCCGCCGGGCAGCAUGGUGAAGACCUGCGCAGCACCAAAUCUGAGAUCGCCGAACUGAACCGGUACAUCAGCCGCCUGCAGAACGAGAUUGAGGCCGUCAAGGGACAGCGUGCCAACCUGGAAGCUCAGAUUGCUGAGGCAGAGGAGCGUGGUGAGUUGGCAGUGAAGGAUGCUAAGGCCCGAAUCAAGGACCUGGAGAAUGCCCUGCAAAAAGCAAAGCAGGACAUGGCCCGCCAGGUGCGCGAAUACCAGGAGCUGAUGAACGUCAAGCUGGCCCUGGACAUCGAGAUCGCCACCUACAGGAAGCUGCUGGAAGGAGAGGAAGACAGGCUGGUCACUGGAGGUAAAGACGCAACAAUACAUGUGCAGCAGACCACCAGCAGUACUUUAGCCAGCAGCGGAGGAAGCAGUGGGUAUGGAAGAGGAUAUGGAGGAGGAAGUGCUGGUUACAGCAGCGGGCAAAGCAGCUUGUUCAGCGGUGGACACAGCAGCGGUGGAUACAGCAGCGGUGGAUACAGCAACAGUGGAUACAGCAACAAGCGUUAUUAGGAAUCUGACAAUGCUUCCGAUGCCCCGUGUCUCCUACCCAACUGCCUACCCUUAGAUAUUAAUCCUCACAGGUGCAAAAUACUACUGCCAAGCAUUAGCAUUCCAACAAUCCAGGGAACUCAGUAUGCAGCUAAGAUAUCAGCCUCACCCUUGCCCUGUUUAUCACCUCCACCGAUUUCUCAUUCCGAAGACAAUACAAAAACCUAUUUUUAUAUUUUGAUGGUUUGAUCCAUAACGAUGUAAGCCUUUUGGGAAAAAAAUAUAUGUUAUUCCGUCCUAAAAUGUCCAAGAUCACAGUCCAGCCACAGAAUUUGGGGAAUGAGAAAAUCCUGAACCAGUACCUACACCUGCAUGCAGUUUUCCAGAUCUACAGAUGCCAGCAUCUGCUGUGCUCUCAAAUUCAUUCUACAGCAAAUACACAAUAUGGUGGUACAUAUCAUUUACUCAACCGCUCUGCUGAAACAGUCUUCCUUCACAAAUAUUUCAAACAAAAAGUCAGUAAUAGGUAAAUUGUACAAAUUGACCAAGAAGAAAGCUUGGCAGAUCCCUCCUGUGUGUCAGUCCGUCAGACUACCUUCAUGUUGCACAGCAACACAGUACUAUGGGGUGAUUGCUCUUACCAUGGCUGCAACAGUCCUGACUGUAAGCCUGUUAAUACAGUCUCAGCUGUUUGUUUUACAGUUUGUUUAACUGUAUUGCUCAAGAUUUCUAAUGAUAAAAGUCAUUAGAUAGAAAGAUAAAGUCUGUCUCAUUUGUCUCAGGUAGCUAACGACGCCAAGAUGCUGCUUGAUACAUUUUCACUCUAGUUCCAGUAUUGCUGUGUUUUGAGCUGCAAAGGUAGCCUUUAUACUAUGAAGUACACACAAUACUCCUGACACACACACACGCACCCUCCAUGAAGCUUGGCUGCUUAGAUUAAAUUCACGGCGUAUGAGCUUCUGCCCAGUCUUUGAGGGAAAAUAGGGAGGAUUUUGAAAAGGCUUUUCUUGUGGUUUUGUUUUGUACUUGAGACCAAAAAGGCUCAUGUGAAAGGUUCAUUUAAAAAUUGUAAUUGCCUGCCACACCAGGAGAAAAAACCUAAAUAAAUCUGAGUUCUGCAUUCA